GUGAGAAAACAGCCUCUGUUUGUAUUGCAGAGCCUCAGACAGCCAGCCUUGCAGAACUGCAGCAGAUGAAGCUGUUCCUGAAGCUGCUGAAGAAGCAGGAGAAAGAGCUGAAGGAGCUGGAGCGGAAGGGAAGUAAACGGAGAGAAGAGUUGCUACAGAAAUACUCUGUUCUCUUUUUGGAACCUGUCUACCCCAGAGGCAAAAAAAGAUCCAUGCACUCCAGGAAAACCCAGAAGAAGAGGAGUUUGACGACAGGUGAUGUUGGUACCUGCAUGCAACCUGUAGAAAUGGCAGAAAAGCUUGAUAGCCAAGUUGUGGAACUGAAAGAGAGGCUGGAGAUGGAGCUUAUCCACCUGGGGGAAGAAUACCAUGAUGGAAUUCGAAGAAGGAAAGAGCAGCAUGCCACAGAGCAAACGGCCAAGAUUACAGAGCUAGCCAGAGAGAAGCAGAUAGCUGAGCUGAAGGCACUGAAGGAGUCAUCAGAAAGCAACAUUAAAGACAUUAAGAAGAAGCUGGAGGCGAAACGAUUAGACAGAAUCCAAGUCAUGAUGAGGAGUACUAGCGACAAGGCUGCUCAGGAGAGGUUGAAGAAAGAAAUUAAUAACUCUCACAUCCAGGAAGUGGUCCAAACAAUCAAACUGCUGACAGAAAAGACAGCCAGGUAUCAGCAGAAGCUGGAAGAGAAACAGGCAGAGAAUCUGAGAGCAAUUCAAGAGAAAGAAGGCCAGCUCCAACAGGAGGCAGUGGCAGAAUACGAGGAGAAAUUGAAAACUCUGACUGUGGAGGUGCAGGAGGUGGUAAAGAACUAUAUGAAAGAAGUCUUUCCUGAUGGGCCAGAGAUUCAAAAGGAAGCAGUUCUGAGCAUUCCUGUAGAAGAACAAGGUUCUACAAACCAACUGGAAGAGAAGAUCCCAGGGGCAGAGGUGCCAAGACUGACAGCAGCUACGACUGAGCCUCCAGGAGCUGAAACAGACAUCAAUAUUGAGGAAAGCAUACUGUGAGCAAUGCUUCCCUUGCUGUUCCACUUCAGACAUGUUUAUGGACAUGUGUAGUGAUGUUAAAGACCAGCUUGACAAACUACUCUCUCUUUCCAUGCUGGAUAACUCCUGAAAUCCUUCAGGAAUUUACUACUUUGUCAUUCUAGGAAUUGGAAACAGUCUGAGGAGCUCACCUUCAGCGAGUACUUCACUCUCCUUAGCACUAAGGUGUAUUUCACCAGUGGAGCUGAAGACAAGCUGGUUGUUGACACUGACAACAGCAUCUACAUUAAUAUUUUGGCCUGGGUUCAGUUGCCAGUUUUCAAAGCAAGAUCCCUCAUUGCCCAUUAUGUUCACAUCAUAGCAAUCUCAGAACUAGAUCCCUCUAAACAAAACAUAACUCUCCAACAGUUCACUGACAGUGCUCAACCAGCUGAGAGCCAGCCUGGAAAAAAGCCCCUGAACUGCAUGCAGUGGAAGUGCCAGAGGCUCAGGAGAAACUGUUGCUCCCGAAAGUGGCAUUCCACUUGGCAACAGUACCUUCUAACAGGUAACUACCUACUACAGCCCCUUUGUAGGAGGAAAUGUCAGUUUUAAUCUCCUAUCUUUUUGUUUCUUAGCAUGCCACUUCCUUGCACAACCAGUGGGGGCCUCCUAGUUGUUUUUUUCUUCCCCCACAGUAAGAUGAGGAUAGUUUUCAGUACACUGCUAUAAAAUAUAAAACAGCAUUUCUUUCUGUGGAAAUGUGCAUUGCCAGCAUGUUUUUUUCUUUCUUUUCAAUCUCCUCUUAUCCCAGAGGCUGAUUCUCACUCCCAAUUUUGACUUUACCACUUUGGUAUGCCUUCAGGCAAGUUCUUAGAUCUGGAUCCAGUAUCUCCUAAGACCCUUCAGGUCUUCAGCAGGCUCACUGGACAAUUACAAGGCACACUAUGAGGAGCCUAAGAGUCUUAGCAUGGGUUCCUACUAUCACAAACACACUUGGAGAUUCUCUACUACCAUAAUUAGAUACUUAGAGAACAUCACUGCAACUUUUGCCCAUGAAGCUAAAUUAGCUACAUGCUACGUAGUAUAGCAACCUUUACCAAAAUCUCUAAGCUGCUUGAAAAUAAUUAUGUUGCUCAAACAAAGAGCCAGACAGUUAUAUUGCCCGUAAGAGUAUCUUGCACAGAAAGCUGAGCACAGAAAACACAUUGCAUCUAUUCAGUAGCAGAAAGAACAGCAGAUCUCUGAAGCUUCCUUUACUUGCUGCCAUCCCUGUUAAUGAAUAACAGUGGGCUCAACAGUGAUGAGGACAGUCUGCUCCUGGGAAAGCCCAAUUCCUGGAGUGUAAGACAACACACUACUUCUGUUUGAAGGUGUAGUGGUCACACCUUUCUCCAAAGCCUCAGUCACUUCCCAUUUCUCCAUGAAUUACAGCCACCUCCUGCUAAUAACAGUUUCCCCCCUUUGGUGACACAAAUAAGUCUUGUUCCACAAGAAAACUGCCCAUGACUUGAAAGACAAAUGGUUCUCAGCCUCUUUUAGCCCUAGCAGAUACCUGCUACUGUC